GGCGGCGGCGGCGGCGGGGGGCGGAGGGCGGCGGCGAACGCGCGGGAGCGGCACCGCACGCACAGCGUCAACUCGGCCUUCGGCGCCCUCCGCAGGCUCAUCCCCACCCGGCCCGCCGACCGCCGCCUGUCCAAGGUGGAGACGCUGCGCCUGGCGGCCAGCUACAUCUCGCACCUGGCCAACGUGCUGCUGCUGCAGCAGCGCCGGCACGACGAGGGGGUGGACGCUGAGCAGCCCUGCCCGCAGAACCCGCAGCCCCCUGCGUCCCCGCAGCCCUGCUCGCCACCGGGCAGCUCCACGCCGCGGCCCAUCUGCACCUUCUGCCUCAGCGAGCAGCGGCAGCGGGUAAGGGAUGAGAGGAGGAAAACAUCUUUACGAAACAGUAAAAAGUAA